CCAUGCACUCCGUGCUGUGCCGCUCUUGUGCCUAAACCAAGGGUUAAGGCUUGUAAAGUCUGUCGUACUUUGGCGUUUUGCUUUAUGAGAAGUUAUUGUUGUUGUUUGGGUGUUCGCCCAAGAAGCCUGUGAGAUUUAACCCAGUUUGCCUUCUGGGCUUUGCCAAAAGCCUGGAGUGAUAGAUAAAGGGUGUGAACAUCCACUCGUGUUUCCACAGGAUGUUAGGAUUGGGCAACCUUAGAAAAUAAAAAGGGCAGUUACCUUACUGAUAAUAACAACAGUAGCAACAACGAAGUACAGAAGCUUCCACCAUGUGUGCUGGUGUAAUGUGGAGGCAUUCAGCAAAACCGUGGUGGUUACUUCACUGCCUGCAUGGGCUGACUUCAAGUGCGCCGUUGUGUUCUGAAGUCCAUUCCCGAGUGUUUGUCCAGGCUUGUCCUAUAAUAGGUGUUAUUGCAUAAGAGUUACAGGGGGCAGAGAGUGUGCCGAGUUUCUUUCACUCGUCUAAGGUUCUGUGCUCACAUCUUAACUGUGCCAAACUCUACACUGAAAAGAGAAGGGCACAGCUUGAGUGCUAAUCCUCUUCUGAGCUGUGGAUGGUGAUCUGAUUAUUGCAGUGCAGUAGUACAUCUGGGAUUGAAAGCAGCAAGAGGAAUCUCAAAAGUUCAAGAUUAUUGAAAUCUCAUCAGUCUGGUUUAUAGAAGAAGGGAGAAUGGCUCAAGAAACCAACCGUAGCCAAGUGCCUAUGCUUUGUUCCACUGGCUGCGGAUUUUACGGGAACCCUCGCACGAAUGGCAUGUGUUCAGUGUGCUACAAAGAGCACCUUCAAAGGCAGAACAGCAAUGGUAGAAUUAGCCCUCCUGCAGCCUCUGUCAGUAGUAUCACCGAGUCCUUACCGGUCCAGUGCACAGAGGGCAGCGCCCAGGAAACUCAGUCCACUUUAGAUUCUACAUCGACUCCAUCUAUGCAGCCAAGCCCUGUGUCCAGUCAGUCACUUUUAACAGAAUCUGUAGCAUCAUCCCAACUGGAUAGUACGGCUGUGGACAAAACAGUACCUGAGACAGAAGAGUUGCAAGCUUCUGUGUCAGAGAAUGCAGAGCCUGCACCUGAAGAACAGGACAAGUCACUUGACAAACCAAAACAGAAAAAGAAUCGUUGUUUCAUGUGCAGGAAGAAGGUUGGACUGACUGGGUUCGAAUGUCGGUGUGGGAACGUUUACUGUGGGAUGCACCGUUACUCUGAUGUACACAGUUGCUCUUACAAUUACAAAGCUGAUGCUGCUGAGAAAAUCAGAAAAGAGAAUCCUGUAGUUGUUGGGGAAAAGAUCCAGAAGAUCUGAACUGCUGCUUCUGCUGGAAUACAAAAAUCUUCUGACCAUCUGCAGAUUAAAUUGACUUGAGCUUUUUUCCUUAGUCAUCAGGAACGUAGAGCAGUGUAUCUUGCCUAGACCUUUUAAUCAUGCAUGUCAUCAGAUGAAUAGAUUUUUUUGUUUUCUUUUUUUUUGUUUUGAAAAUGACUCUGAACAUUAUUUUCAUUGCAGUUUUCUGUGGCUGAAGACUUAAGUAAACUUUACAAGUAUUAUCCUUUAAGAUCAUUUUAAUUUUAGUUGAGUGCAGAGGGCUUUUAUAACAAACAUGGAGAAAAUAUUGGAGGGCUGUGCUUUUCCAGGAUAAAACAUGCAUGCGUUAACUUUGCAGUUUAUUUUCUUGUUGUAUAUAGCUUUUCUCUGCAGCACAAUUUCCUUUUUUUUUUUUUUUAAUUGAUAAUGCCUUGUAUGGCACAACUAGUUAUCAGUAACUGAAUGUAUUUUAAUCAU